UAUUUCUCCGGAGGAAAGACUUGGUAUAUGCCUUUACAUAUUGGGACGAGGAAAUUACUUUUACACCAUCGCUGAAAUGGCAGGAAGAGGAGUAUCAACGGUGAGCACCAUUAUGCAGAAGUUAUGUCAACUUCUCGUUGAAUACUUAUGGAAUGAAACAAUUUCAAAAAACAUGCCGAAAUGUCAGACUGAUUUAGAGAAAAAAAUCGUGGACAUGGAAGAAUUAUGGCAAUUUCCAUGUAGCUGGGCUGUUUUGAAUGGUUGUCAUAUUCCUAUGAAAUGUCCCACCCCCGGUGGUCUUCAAGCGUUCAACGAAUAUCAUAACUACAAGAAUUUUUAUUCAAUUGUUUUAAUGGCCUUGGUCGAUGCUAACUACCAAUUUGUGUGGGGUAGCUGCGGUUUUCCUGGGAAUUCCCAUGAUGCCAUCAUCUCCCAGUCUACAAACUUGUGGAAUUCAAUUCAAGAAGGCAUGUUACCAAGCAUGCACAAACAUGUUGACAAAUUAGAAAUACUACCAUUAAUAUUGGCUGACUCAGCCUUUCCACUUCGUAACUGGUUAAUGAAACCAUACUCAAAUGCUGUACUAAGUCACAUACAAAAAUUCUUUAACUACAGACUAAGUAGAGCACGAAUGGUAACAGAAUAUGCUUUUGGGCAACUGGGGCGAUGGCGAGUACUCUUAAGGAAAAAUGAAGGCAACAUGGACCAUGUUCGCAUUUCGGUUUUUGCAUGCAUGGUUCUUCACAGUAUUUGUAUCAUGCGAGGAGAUACAAUUUCUAAAAAGCUUAACCUGACAUUUAACCAUGACAACAAUAAAAGAAGAGACAGAGAAGAAGUACGAAAACUGUUGCAAAUGAGAAAAUGUCAAAAAACCACAGAUGUUUCAAAAGAAGCGAAGAAAAUUAGAAAUGCACUAUCUGAUAAAUUGUGGACAGAAAAGGAGACUGGAAAAGUUUGUUGACUUAAUACUGAAGCAGCAUGUUUCAUGAGUGGAAGACUUUCACAAAUUGGUGAACUUUAUUAACAUAUUAGAGUGUUUUGUAUGCUUGUAUGCUAUAUAUUAUUUGAUGUUAGUUAAUGAGAUGACACAAUUGGUAUCCUAUUGGAUAUCAAUAAACAUGAAGACAACUUGAUGUGUAGUGGUGAUUUGAGCUAUUGCAUCUUUUGACAACCUAUACAUUUUGUUUUGAAACCAUUUUAUGUAUUAUCCAAGACUAAUGCAUUUAUGACAAUAAAAGAUACAAUGCUUUUAUAAA